AGGGAGGAAAGGGCGUCGAGGCAUCUGUCCCAGGACACCUGGGACCUUACCAGGACGGAGGAUCCGCGCUGCCACCCGAGAGGUGGGGAACCCGCGACCAUGGCUUCGCAGACUUCAGAAGCAGAGACCACUGAGGCAGCAUCUACCUAUGACCAAGCAGACAUGGACGUGGAGACCAAGCACACGGGGCCCCCAGGCGCCCCAAAGCAGAAGUCCUGGCUGGCUCUGCAUUUCUCCCUGCUGCUGCGGAGAGACCGACAGGCCCAGAAGGCGGGGCAGCUCUUCUCCGGGCUCCUGGCUCUCAAUGUGGUAUUCCUGGGCGGGGCUUUUAUCUGCAGCAUGAUCUUCAACAAGGUGGCUGUCACUCUGGGGGACGUGUGGAUCCUGCUGGCCGCACUGAAGGUCCUCUCUCUAUUGUGGCUCCUCUACUACACUGUGGGUACCACACGGAAGCCCCACGCAGUGCUGUACCGCGAUCCUCACGCCGGACCUGUUUGGGUGAGGGGCUCCCUGGUGCUCUUCGGCAGCUGUACCGUCUGCCUGAAUGUAUUUCGGAUGGGCUACGACGUGAGCCACAUUCACUGCAAGUCGGAAGUGGAACUUAUCUUCCCAGCCAUUGAGAUCGUCUUUAUGAUCAUCCAGACCUGGGUGCUCUGGAAACACUGUAAGGACUGUGUUCAGGUGCAGACCAACUUCACCAGGUGUGGGCUCAUGCUGACUCUGGCCACAAACCUGCUGAUGUGGGUUUUGGCUGUGACCAAUGACUCCAUGCAUCGUGAGAUUGAGGCUGAGCUCGAUGCCCUCAUGGAAAAGUUCUCAGGUAACGGGACCAACACUUGCAUGUGCCUCAACGCCACCGUGUGCGAGGUCUUCCGGAAGGGCUUCCUGAUGCUCUACCCCUUCAGCACUGAGUACUGCCUCAUCUGCUGUGCUGUGCUCUUCGUCAUGUGGAAGAACGUGGGCCGCAGCCUGGCAGCCCACUCAGGUGCCCAUCCCAACAGACCACCCUUCCGCCUGCACGGGACCAUCUUUGGGCCACUGCUGGGCCUUUUGGCACUGGUGGCUGGCGUAUGCGUCUUUGUGCUCUUCCAGAUCGAAGCGAGUGGCCCUGACAUAGCCCGCCAAUACUUCACCCUCUACUAUGCGUUCUAUGUGGCUGUGCUGCCCACCAUGAGCCUGGCGUGCCUGGCGGGCACAGCCAUCCAUGGACUGGAGGAGCGUGAACUGGACACGCUCAAAAACCCCACACGCAGCCUGGAUGUGGUGCUGCUGAUGGGCGCUGCACUGGGCCAGAUGGGCAUUGCCUACUUCUCCAUCGUGGCUAUCGUGGCCACCCAGCCACAUCAGCUACUCAACCAGCUCAUCCUGGCCUACUCACUGCUGCUUAUCCUGCAGCACAUCACUCAGAAUCUCUUCAUCAUCGAGGGCCUGCACCGCCGCCCUCUCUGGGAGCCUGUGAUCUCCGGUGUGCCAGAGAAGCAGGAUAUUGAGCUACCCCGCAGAGGCUCCCUGCGGGAGCUGGGUCAGGAUCUACGGAGAGCCUCAAGGGCCUACAUCCACUCCUUCAGCCACCUCAACUGGAAACGCAGGAUGCUCAAGGAGAUCUCUCUCUUCCUCAUCCUCUGCAACAUCACACUGUGGAUGAUGCCUGCCUUUGGCAUACACCCAGAGUUUGAGAAUGGACUGGAAAAGGAUUUUUAUGGCUACAGGACCUGGUUCACCAUUGUUAACUUCGGCCUGCCUCUGGGGGUCUUCUACCGCAUGCACUCUGUUGGGGGACUCGUGGAGGUCUACCUGGGGGCCUGAGUGCCCAAGGAAAUCAGCCACAGAAGAACCCCGAAAGUGCCGAGGCAGAAAAAGAAACUUGGAGUAUCUGGGCAAGACACAUCACAUCAAGAGGUGCAGACCCCUGCCUGGGGUUCCCAAAGUGACCUAUCCUCAACCUGACUGAGAAGAGAGGAUACUGACUGAGGCUCAAAACCAACGAUGGGGCUUGGAAACAGAGCCUCUUCACAACGGUCCAUGUAGUCAAGGAUAUACCUGGGAUGACUGCCAAAGGCUGUGAGGGUCAGUAGGAAAUUGUGGAGACUGGGGGCCGGAAGAGACUGAGGCCUUCUGUGGGACAUCGCAGAAGCUCAGAGCUCCAACUGGGAGCUCAGAACCCAGCACGCCAAGCUUGGCAGGCAGCCCUGCCCCUCCCCCACCCCACCCCAUCUCCUAAUGAGCCCACUAAUUAGCUGCCAGGCAGGGCCCAACAGCUCUUUUCUGCUCCCAUAAACCCUGUUUGCUUGAUCGAU